AUGGGAAGAAACAUUCUGUGGACGUCGUCACCCAGCGAUCUCCGUUGGACGACGCAUAUCAUCAUUGCAGAUCCCCUUUCACGGUCUUCUGCAGCGUGUGACGAUACAGCAGCCCGAAUGGGCCAUCUUCUAAGAGCUGUGGAUGUCGUCCGAAGCGCAGUCAAUGACAGGUCCGACGCGACUAUUAUCAUGGCGAGCGCCGUUCCAGAAGUAGGCACAACGAGGAGGCUAUUACAGAGAUUUCAUGCCUCGGGACAUAGAGUCGGUAUUGCUCCACAGCUCCGCGAGGCUCCCGCGCAUGGUCUCGAGCACACUCUGGUCAAUCCGCUUCCCAUGUUCAUAGCGGGUAUCGACAAGGCCUCGCAGGAGAGUGUUCUAUCUUUGUACAGGUCAGUCUUUGGCGAGGGUAACGUUCUUCUGGCACCGGACAUUGAGUGCGUGGAGAUGCUCAAGGGCCACGAAAUGCUCAUGCAGGCUUGGGACAUGUGCACCACUAGCAGUGAGAUAGCGAAUGCAUGCAAGCCAUUGCAAUUGCUCCCUGCGUGA